AUGAAUGUGCCCCUCUUGUUUGGAAGUCAUGUGGCUAAAGGGCUUGGAGGUCAAUGCGUUGCUAUUGAACCUAGCCACAAUCUAUAUUAUCCUCAUCCAAAUCGCUUACCGGCCGGUGCAGCCUUACAAUCCAGCGCAUGGGUCCAAGCGGUCAGGCAAGGAAAGGUGGAGAAUAAGACAAUACAUGAUAUUGAUCUCAAUUCGGCUUCAGCCAUACGAGACGAGCAAUACUUGAUGCUUCGCGUCCUGUGGAAAACGCAAGGUUUUCGUAAACUCGAUCGCGCGAAAUUUGGCCUGGGCGAAUGGAUAAAUAAGGCAGCCGAUUUGUUAGCGCCCUUCUCUAGCGAAGCGAAGGAAGGGUCGUUUGCAUUGUCUCGGUUCUAUCAAAAUCUUCCUCGUACACGAGGACAGCUGAAGAGCAUAGCGGCGGGUAGCGAAAAACUCUCGUUUGACGUACCCACUGAGCCACUAAGCACGCGCAUAGUCAAGCCAGAGGCUGAGUCUGAUGAUUCCUCAGAGGAGGACAGUGCCACUGAGGACACCCCACCAGGAGAAAGGUCACACGGAUCCCAGGAGCUCCAAGAUCUAAACUACCCAAGGACCAAAGAUGAGCACAUUGUCAAUACAGUCCUGAAUUUUUCCGCGAGAAACUACAUCAAGUACUCAAACAGCACACUGAAUAAGGAUGAAUCACCUGGGUUACUAACCCUCUAUGAAUUUGGGCCUUGGGAUACUACCAAAGUUGGCGACAUGAAAGAUCUAUGCCCCAUCUUGCUCGCAAUUGCUCUGAGGGCAGAGAUGGAGGGUGAGGAAAAGGGCAUCUAA